UCGAAUUGACCCCGCCGUCUCAUUCUUACUCCUGCUCCAUUUCCAUGGCGAAUUUCAGCUCUCGAAUCCCUAAAACACCCCUGCAACGCGCCGUUACGAGAGCAGACGGAACCCUAACGGCGUCGGUAGUUCAUCUAGCGGUCGCAUGGAAGCCCUUAACGAGAGGGGAAUUCUACAGAGGCCACGAAGUCCAUGGUGAGGCUGGUGAGGCAGGACAGUCUUCGCAUUCAAAUGGGAUAAGUUCCUUUUUCAGAGAGCAAAGUGCGAUAAGCAAUGGUGGAGAACUAACUGGUCUGUUUCAUCAUCUUCUUGGGGCUAGCCGAUCAAACAGACCUGCCUUUUUAAGGGUGCAGUCAAUGAGCUAUCAGUCUGUGGCCGAUGCUCAUGUGUCUGCCAGAAGUGCAGUUAAUACUCAGGACGAGAAAACUGUUGCUGAUUCAUCAAAGACGGAAAAUGUUGAGGCCCCGCGAGAGCAUCAUAAUGGCAAGAGCAUACCCAAGAAGGAUAAAAUAAAGUUUCUUGUGAAUACUCUUCUCGAUAUCAAAGACAGUAAAGAAGCUGUUUAUGGAGCUCUCGAUAGUUGGGUUGCUUGGGAACGUAAUUUUCCAAUCGCUUCUCUCAAGAGAGUGAUAGUUCUUCUCGAGAAGGAACAACAAUGGCAUCGAAUGAUUCAGGUAAUUAAGUGGAUGCUAAGUAAGGGGCAAGGAAAUACAAUGGGAACUUAUGGACAGUUGAUACGGGCACUAGACAUGGAUGGUAGAGCUGAAGAGGCUCAUGGUAUUUGGCAAAAGAAAAUCGGGAGAGAUCUGCACUCAGUGACUUGGCAAUUGUGCGGACAAAUGAUUGCCAUAUAUUUCCGGAACAACAUGUUGGAGGAGCUUGUUAAGCUUUUUAAGGAUCUGGAGAGUUUUGACCGUAAGCCUCGGGAAAAAGCAGUAGUGCAGAGGGUAGCGGACGCUUAUGAAAAGUUAGGCAUGCUUCAUGAAAAAGAUAGAGUAUUGACAAAGUACAACGACCUUCUUAACGGUUCAACAUCGCUCGGUAAAUCAAGAAAAGCUUCUUCUAGGAACAAGACGAAACCAGGGCAUGGAAAACCCGCUGAAUCAACCUCAGAUGAUACCCCAGAGGAAGAAAAAGCUGUCUUGCAAGAACACCAGAGUUAAAAAAGAACUUCUCAGUUACCAUUUGAGAUCUUAGGAGGGAAGAACCCUCCUGUAUGGAUCAAGAACAGAGUUGAAAAGAGAACUUAUCAGUUACCAUUUGAGAUCUUAGUAGCAAAGACUGUAUGGAUCAAGAACAGAGUCUGUAAGAUAUUAACAUGUGCUGGAAAAAGGGUUUUGGAAAAUGUACGAGAUUCUUGUCUGGACACAAAAGGAAUAAGAGACGUGCAAAGAAGAGGCGGAUUCAAGAACACAGUUCUCUGUUU